AUGUACCUCUUCUACUCCUUUUUCAAGUCCCUCGUGGGAAAGGAUGUGGUCGUGGAACUGAAAAAUGACCUGAGUAUCUGUGGAACGCUCCAUUCUGUGGAUCAGUAUCUCAACAUCAAGCUAACGGACAUCAGUGUCACAGACCCUGAGAAAUACCCUCACAUGUUAUCAGUGAAGAACUGCUUCAUCCGAGGCUCGGUGGUCCGCUAUGUGCAGUUGCCCGCAGAUGAGGUGGACACCCAGCUGCUCCAGGAUGCAGCCAGAAAGGAGGCCCUGCAGCAGAAACAGUGAUGGCUCCUCCUCCACGUCCCUUCCUUCCGUCCCUCCUCCGUUGGUGACCCUUCACCUCCUAUCCCAACCCUCGCACCCAUAGGUUUUUGGUUUUGUUGCUUUGGUUUUUAGUAAUGAAGACUUUGUUUUUUAAAAGGGUGAGUGGAUGUGGGGAAUACUAAUGGGAGCAGCUGUCCUCUCUUGAGACUCCCUCAUUGCCAUCAGAGGAGUCUAGAGAGGAGAAGUAGAGUGGGGACCAACAAAGCCUUGCCAGUCCCCCAGCAUCUGCCUUCCUCACUCCUUCGGAACGUGUAGGGAGAGCCUCCUAGAUCUCCCCAGGGCUGGUUGUGGUUUUGUUUGGGGGUGGAAGGAAUAUGUCCCGCAUCGGGAAUAAAAUGUAUAAUGCAAAGAA